AUGGACGCGGCCGAUAUAAGUCAGGUGAGUCGGGUAUAUUAUACGGAGCCCCGUACCGUGUGUAGCGUAAUAGCGCGCGCAGUAAAUAUCGGCGCGUUUCGUCGUUAUCUCGGGCCGGAGAGGAUGGCGGGGGUGGGUGUUGAGGGAGCGUGCGAUUUGCCCACUCUCGGUCGGACGUUUAUUUCCUAGACCUUUUUGCGGCGGCGGCGGCGGCGUGGGUGUACGACGUCGGGUGGUAAUAAUUGUAGGCACGCGCGGCCCCGUGUCCUCAGCGGCCGAACACUCGCGAAAAUCUGGUUGUAGUAUCGUGUCGGACGCGUGUGAUAAGAAGACCGAGCGCCGACCGCGGUUGUAAAAAAAAAAAAAUAAUAGAAAAUAUUCGUUGGCAUGUUGUUCGGUUUCGUAUCGCGCGCGUACCUGUACAUUCCAGGCCACCACCGGCCGCCGCCGCAGCCGGAGGAGGAAACGGCGGUACAGGUUUUACGCGGAUUCACGGUGCCGGUGCCGAUCGUCCACCCGCGCGUUUCCUCUGCGCCCGGUACUGCUCGACUUGGAAAGUGGUGGUAGUAGGGGCACACUUCGUGGAUAAUAUUGGUACAGUAUAAAAACGAUAAAAAAAUUCAAUCUCGUUUCUCGGAAAAUUGUAACAGUUCGAGAACGGUAUCUCGUCGAUAGUCCGUAUAUAAUUUACGAAAAAGAAAAAAAAAAUACAAUAAAUACUAUUCUACGAAAAGAUUAACAAUAUAAUUUCCUCCGCAUAAUUGAUUUCACUGAUAAGAACGAAAAAAACAAAAACACUUAUAAAGGUACGUUUGACGCGAGUGAAAAAUAAUUAGGUUUUUCUGUUUUCCUGAACACUCCCCCCCCCCCUCUAUCCAAGUAAAAUAUAUGUUAUCGGGGUUCGGGAUUUUGGCCUUAUUGGUUUUUUAAAAUCGUUUUAUAGGCGCUUAAGAUUCAAAGGCUUAUAAUGAAUGUUUUUAAAACUCCGUUUUGUUGAUUUUAAAGUGUAUCAGUGUCGACAAUACCUGGUGCUUACCCCGGCGUGUUGUAUAUUCGACGUUUUUCGUAAUAACAUCUCUGUCCGAAAAUCUUUCCUAUUUUUAUUUUCCUCUCAAAAGUUUUUGUCGAAUAUCUGCACUGAUAGGAACCCAACUGUGCUGUGAUAACACACGGUACACUCCUCGUAUGCACGUGAUACGUAUACGCGGGUCAAACACGCGCCGGGUGUGUUUGGAAGAAAGUGAGUAUAGUACCGAUCGAAUUUAUUAGGGUCACGUGAACCCGAUGCAAUUUCUAUAUUUUACUCUCCUUAUACCCCACUGCGCGCGUCGCCGGCACCGUAAUAAUAAUAAUAAUAUAUUCCAUUGUGGAAAAAAGAUAUUAUUUAUCUCGCGAAAUUCAUCAGACAGAAUUCUGAACAUUUUAUAGUGUAAUAAUAUUUUUGAAAAAAAGCAUAAUCCUGCUGACAAUUGUGCACUUGUGCCACUGUUUUAGAAGGUAUAUUUGAAUGUAUUAUGUAAUGCAGGAUAAUUCAAUUUAUGUAUUUUUGCAUAACGAUAAGCAAUCGCUACUGACAAAUGAUUCUGAGUGAGCAGUGUUAUGUUUGUUCACUUGUUGCUAAGGUAUCAAGCAAUAUCAACAAAAAUUGUACAAUUGAAAUUGCCAGUUUUUUUUUCUCAAUUUAUUAAGGAAACCAAAAGGAAAAUCGAAAAAUUGCCUCCUCAAUUUAUAUAAAAAAUUGUACGAGAAAGUUAUUGUAAAGUUUUUGAUAGGAUCUGCAAGAUUAAUAGUAGACAAGUUGUUUGAUAGACACAAAAGAAAACGCAUCAUAGUAAAAACAAUACAUGUUUCGCUUUGCUCAGGAUUUAAACAAAAUAAAACAUUUCUUAGUAAUAGAAUUUUUCCGUUUAUGAUUUGCAUUGCGUUUUGUUUGGUGACCAAUGCCGAGCGAACGAUGACGCAUGCCAAAAAAAUAACCAUCGGUUCAUAUUGUCGACUUUCGAUAUAACACUUGCAUGGAAAUGCAGAGAAUAUUUUACCCGACGAUGACGAUUUAUAAACUCGGUUUACGAUUUUUUUUUUUUUAUUUAAAAUAAAAUAUAAAAUAUAAAUUUGUUAACAUUAUAAUAUAUUUUACCAUUUUGAGUAUACAUAAUUGUCAAUAAUAUUAUUGCUCAAAUUGUGUAUACGAUGUAAAUGUAAUUAAACACAUCCAUGUGAUUUUCCGUAGGUUUUUUUUAAGUGAUACCGGAUGUACAUAAACAAACUAUAUGCUUUACAUGGUUUCAUCAUUGUUGGCCACGACUCGGCAAUUAAAUAUCGAAUUAAUACUGUAAAAUAGGUAUCUAUUUUAAAUCUCCGGUACGAUGCCAUAAAACGAGCUCGUAAACGGAAAUAAAAAUUUAAAAAACAGUACGUUCGAUAUAAUAUGUACAAGCGGUGUACCUUCGUUUACUAUUUUAUACUGGUUUGAUUUGAAUUUAAUUUUUUUUUUUUUUUUGGGGGGGGGCAUUAAGAUCCAUGAGGAAAUUGCCCCUUCCAAAGGUCGGGUCAUAUUUUACCUUAUAAAAAUUGUUGCAAAACGAAGUUCUGUGAAAGUCUAUACAGCAAUAAAAAUGGUGGUGUAAAUUACGACGUAACACUCAAAUUGAUUUAUUUUCAACUAACGAUUAACCUUGUAUCGAAUUUUCAAAUUUUUUCUAUAGACCUGACAAUAUUUAUCCACAUCAACUCAGAAAAGACCUAAAUACUCGAAAAAUUCAAAUAGAUACAUAAUAACUUGAAUAAUGCAUGGAUAUUAUUUUUGAAAAAUUUAUCGCUUCUAGAAAAUGCUAAUAUACCCGUAGGUAUUCGGUAAAUAUUUCAAUUGUCAACGAAUAAACGACAACAAAAAAACCCGAAUGGAUUUCAACAGAACCAGCUGUAUUUGCAUAAAUAUCCCCGAUAUGCCUUUUUCCGGUUUUCCCCAUUGUUAAACAAGUAGAAUAACAAAAAAAAUGACUUCCUCGACACAUCGGAUGGAUAAAAUAUGUUACUAGUAACCAUCUUUAAGUUGAUAAUUGGAGCAAGCCUUAGAUAGAAUGGUUGUUCGGAUGAAAAAUAUAUUUGAACAAAUCAUUGGUAGACACAUAAUAGUUAAUUGUUAUGGAGGAAUACUGGGUUUUUCGAAAAAAAAAAAAACAAAUGUCCCCGAUAAGGUUCCGGGUUUUGUGAAUAUCCCCGUCUAUUGUACCCGGUAAGCAAAAGCCGGACCGUAAUAUUAAGAACAGCCGUCAAAGUUUGCGUGCCAUUCGUAAAGCGUGACCUACUUGUCAAUAAUUAAACUCUACCAGACGCAAUAUUUCAUAAGUAUACAUCAUGUGUAUUGUUUGUGUAUUAAAAUAUCGCCGAAAACGUUUUACCGUUCGCAGAUUUCGCUCACUUAUAUUAUAGUCACAUUCCGAUAAUAUAAUACCGGCAUUUUGCAAAAUGUCAAUUAAUCUCGAAUUAGCCGCGUAUAUCUAUAUAUAUAUACGCAAAUUCAAAAUCCGUUUUCAAUUAGGUAGUUUUAGAUAGUAUUACGGGUAUUCAAACUUCCUCGACGUUUCCCUGCGUAUAAUUAAUUUUUACGUAGAACUUAUGCUAUGUAACAUUGAAAAUUGCGUUAAUUCAAUAAAAUACGUAUUCAAUACUAAUGUAAAGUCAAUUAAUUUGACUACGGUUGUUUUUCAUUUUUUAUACGUGAUGUGAAUUUUAACGUCUAAAGAAGACAAUGUGGCAUAGUUGGAGGUAAAAUAAUACGAGUUGCGUGAGAUCACAAAAUUACCGUACACAACGAAUUUUAUUUAAGGGCAGAUAGUGUAAAAAUAACGAGCGAGAUAAAAAAUAAGAAUAGCUGUAUAGAAAGAGGGAGUAUCAUAAAGCGUCGGUUAGACGGAAUUAUAGAAGAUACAGAAAAACGUGAGAAAUAUCGAUUAGGAAGGAUGUGUACCUACACCCCACACUAGAGACAGAAACUUGACGGAACGGAGUCACGAUGACAGCUAGUAUUAGGCUCUUGAAGAACCGUUAAGCUAUAGAGAAGAGAUAGAGAAACUAGAGACACAGUGUAUAUGCUGUGGGAAAUCAAUUAUUUUUAAAUUGUUUUAGUUUAGUAAUAUUUGUAUAGUAGCAGUAAAAAUAGGUAGAUUCGUUUUUUUAUUUUGGAAAAAAAAAACAAAUGAAUUUGCUACAAUCUGCGAAAAAUGCGGCGAGCAAAUUUCGCAUCAAUAUUAAUAGAAAUGUACAAUAAAUAUAAAUUGUAAAUGUUUUGCUUCGGGAAGAAGCAAAUGGAUUGAAAGAUAAUUUAAAGAUAAUAUUAUUAUUGCCCUCCCGCAUUAUAAGUGUAUAAUUUUUUAUGAGUGAAUCACUUUUGUAUUUUUCAUGUAUUUAUUUUUGUUUUUAAAUUUUAUACCUACAUCGUUUAUAAUGAAUAAUCGAUUUCGAUUAUUUUUUUGUCGGUACGCAUAUUCGUAGUAAACAGCAUAACUGCCUCUAAUACUUACUCAUCGUUUCGAAACGGUUAAUUUUUUAUGCACGGAUAAUAAAACACCUACUAUAUAAUAAUUAAUAACUAUCAUCGGGUAUAAUAUACUCUAUCGAAAAUUAUUGACGGAUUAAGUAAGUACUGAGUAUAAUAUACGAAGAAUGCUAAAAAAAACACACACAUAUGCACACGCGCAUUAGUGUGGGUACAAUGGGUUGAACAGGUUCGUGCGUAUUAUUGUUUAAGAAUGCCAAAAAAAAAAAAAAGACCAAUUAAUUUGGAGUUUCUAUCUCUAAAAAUGGAUGAACUGUGGAAUAUUUUAUUCGACAAUUUUUUCCACAACUGAAUACUUUUAUUCGAAAAACUAUUAUUCGAAUAGUUUUUCCCAUAACUGAAUGUAAACAUUCAAAUCGUUUUUAAACCAUUGAAUAUAUCGAAUACUUCGAUAGUAACUAUUCGGAUAAGUCUACAAUUAUUUUAAACUUAAUGAUUUUCUCCUCUUUGUAAAUAACACUAUAAUAUCUCUUUGUCACAGCUCUGCAUACUACUUUCUGCCUGUCGUAGCUUAUAAAGUUUCUUUAGAUUAUUGUAUUUUUUCCCACAUUCGUGUGCUUCAUAUUAUUCUCCUGCCAUCGGUCUUCCACUCCCCGCGUAUAUCCUUCUACAUAUUCUCCUUAGAUUAUCGUUUUCCGGAAAUUCUCGUGCAUUAUCAAUAUAAUAUAUUAUUUCCCAUAUCGUCUUAUCAUCUGUUCCAGAUCGAAUACAUUUUCGCAGUGGCCUAUUUUGCCUGUAUUCGGUUGGGUUUGUAUUAAUUUCUCGGUCCGCGAGAUUUUGAAUAUUCCAGUUUACAGUGUACGACAUUUUUUUUUCAUUAUUUAGUGAUUUAAUUUCGCGUAGUUUUUAUUUUUGUUUUUAUACCAUAUGUCUCGUUACGAAUAUUAUUUUAACGUGACAACACUUUAUGUAGAUAUUAUAUUUUUGAAUAUGAUUACUUGUUCAAUUUCAAUGAAACAUACACGAAAUGGCAUAUUUUUAUAAAAAUAACUCUCGAGUUAAUUUAUUAUUCGUAUAUACAAUGAUUUUCACUCGCGACUAUAGAGACAGCUGCGUCAAGAAUUCCAAAGCAAAUUCUUGUUUCUAUAUCGCUUUCUUUAGUAGUGUAUACUAUAAUAAUAGUUACGGGCGGUGCGGUGGCGGCGAACGGUGGUGUAAGUAAUGAGUUUAUUCAUCUGUAUUUACCUACGCGUGAUGACUUCCAAACGAAAUGUUGUGGUAUGUUUUCUUCUUCUUCUUCAAAAAAAAAAAAUUAAUAAAAUAAUUUAAAUUUAAAGAAAAUAUAAAUUACUAUGAUAAUUCGAAAUUUAUAUUUUCUUAGAUAUUUCUAUAUUCUAAACAAUACAAAAUAAUUCUAUGCAAUUUUCCAAAAAAAAAAAACCAGUUUAUAUUAUUUUUUUACGAAAUUAAUGUUUUUAUUAUUAUUAUUUCUCACUAUUAUAUCUGGCUGUUUUAUUAUAUUAUUUUUUACAAUAUUAUAUAUUUAUAUUUAACGUGUAUGUGAAAUAUCGCAAUUAUUUGCAAUACUUAUAUCUAUUGAAUUAUUAAAAUACCGAUAAAAACCGAUAUGAAAUCACACAGAUAAUGUUUUUUUUCUUAAGUUAGAUAAUAGGUAAAUUUACUCUGACAUAAAAAAUAACAUCACAAAAUUGUCUCUUCUGAACGAAAAUCUGUUAUGUCGUACGUUUGUAAAACGGAGAGAGCACAAUAUGCGAGUAUCAGUACGUGCUCUUAAUUUAGAGAUUUAUUUUUGGAGGGGGGAGGUUGACAAAUUUUUUUCAUAAAUACCGUUCCGAUAUCGCCUAGCCUGUUCUACUUUUACUUAAAACCAUCCCUGUAAUUUUGGAGGGGCUUGAAAGAAAUCUGCAACCCUAUCGAUUCCCCAUAAAUGUACUUUUGAAUUAUAUUUGUAUUUGGCAUACUUCUUUACGAGAUUAUUCUUUAAUUUAAAAACCAUUUAUUCUCUCUGAUGUAUUAACACGAUUUUGCUUUUAUCAUGCAACAACUAAUAAAAUGCUGUGAUGAAUAUUUAGUAUAUUGUUUUAAACUCUGGACGGAGCGAAGCAUGUAUUGGUUUUACCAUGAUGUAUGCAUCACACGUCAAAGGCAGCUUAUUAAUAUAUUUAUAAAAAAACGAUAACAGAUAAUUAUGGUGACUUUUGAAAUAUGUAUAGGCAUUUUUAAUAUUUUAUCGCGGUGUUUCGCGUAAAGCGACAAGAGUGAACAAUUUGUGGCGGCGGUUGCGGUGGUGGUGUAGAGAGGAUAAUUUGGGUAACAAUUUACAGAAACCGGCAGGAAGCGGUGACUACAUGUUCGAGUGCGGUGGCUGUGUCUGUGUAUAGGGGACAAUUCGAGAUGCGCUUGUGUUUUGCUAUGUAAUUCAUAAAUUAAUAUAUGUUUUGUUAUAAUUUGUUUUAAAGAAUUGCGUGAUCCUAGUUCCGCCCUAAAUCAUUUUCCUUAGCUAUGAUUUAUCGCUGCGUACAGAUAUAAAUUAAAAAACUCUACGUAUCCUUCCUUUUCAACUUCCCACCUAUAACGAUGGCAUACCCUUCAGCAUCAUCUAAUUUUAUUUUUCCACCCAGUAACCGGUAUAAAUAAAUAAAAUAUGAAUCGUAAUAUUUUUCGAAUUUUCCUCGAAAAUAAAGAUUAUGCCUGUUAUGUAUAUUAUGUAUUUUUUUUCCUGUUACUUUUUUACAGUUUUGGUGGCUUCCUCUUGACCAAAUAAACUUAAAUUCGGAAAAAAGAAAUUUUUUUUUAUUGGGAAACUGAAACGGUAACAUUUUAGUUAUAAAUUUCACCAUGUUUUUGCGGGAGGAGAGUGUUUUAUUUUAGCCUUGUAUAUCCCUACAAGCCUCCAAACCUAACUUAACCUCUAGGAGAUGAAAUUGUGUAAAUUAUGUAAUAUGCAUGGUGUAAGCAUCGAGGAUAUGCCUUUAUAUGGUUUUUUCACUUUUAACCCCCUCUCAAACCAUGCUUAAAUUCCAUGCUUUCACAAGGAAGUACCGGGUUUUAAACAGCCUUAACGAAUUAUCAAAUGAAGUAACUGGGUUAGUGUUUGUAUACAUAAUAAUGUUGAAGAUAUGCUUUUAGAAGAUUUGAAUUUCAACCCCCCUUACCCUCCUUCUGUUUGUAUACUAGCAAAAAUCUCGAGAAAUAACUAUCGAUUAUGAUGAAACUUUUUUGAUUAGAUUUCUCAUUGUUGCCGGAAGGUAAUAAUAAGAUGUUUCUAUACCUAAAAAAUAAACGGUGAUAUAGGGCAGGCAGAAGGGUAGACUUAGUCAAUUAGUAUCAAUGUAUUUAUUUAGUUUUGUGAUGAAAAUCGUUUGAAAUAUUAUAAUAUCGAGUACGUACUCUAUAAUAUACAUUAUUAUGUAUUGUAAUAAGAUAGCAUAAUGUUUUCUGACCUCGAAGCUCACGGACGAGAGAGGAUUCGUCUUAUCAUUGCUCCAUGUUAGGUUAAAAAAUAACAUCUAUAAUAUUAUUUAAUUGUCAGUUAUCUAACGAUUAACAUCGUCGUCGUCAUUGCUAUAAAACGCGUAGUAUUAUCUAAUUGAGACAUGAAAAAUGUUCAAAUGAUUUCAAUUUAGACAUUUUCGUGAGCUAAUGAGAUAAAUUGCUUCAUUAACAACAAUUUUAUAACCACAGUAAUAAUAUAUUUAUAAGAAUGAUUUUUCAAAUUCAACAUUAAAAAUGUCAAAUCUCCGAAUUGGUUUAAGCUAGAUUGCAACGAAAACCAGACACACUCCACACAAUAGACGAGCCACUGUUGUAGAUGAUAAAUUUAAAAGGUAUAGAGGAAAACUAAUGUGUAUCUAAUCGUUAAUUUGCUAACGAAAAACGAUUCUGAGUGAAGUUCGGCUAUACUUGUUUAGAAAGGUCGUAUUUUAAACUAAUACAUUUCGUACAUUUUCCCGUCUUUUGUUAUUUCCUUUUUAUUAUGAAAACCUCCGAGAAAAUCAAAAAAUGACCUCCUUAUAGUAUUACUUCAGUUCAAUUUUAUUUUAGAAAAAGUGCUACAGUUGAAAAUCGGAACAAAAUUUCUGGUAGAAAAGUUUUUCACCAAAAAAAUAAACAAUCAUUGUAAAACCAAUACAUUCCUUGCUCCACUCAGAAUCUAAAAUAUUGUAGGAUUGAGGGAGGGGGGGGUUGUUCCUCGACAAUUUGUUAUACAUCAUUUAAUGAUUAAGGACCUAGGAGAAAAAUUAAUUCAAUAUCAAUUUAUUAAGUUUUAAAGCAGUUUAAAGCUAAAGUUUAUCAGCUGCCAGCUGAUAAAAGUAAUGUGUUAUAGGUUACCUAUAUACGUCUUAAACCUUGAAAACUGUACGAAUUCGAUCUUGAAUUUAUCCCGAGGCUUUUAUACACAUCAUGUAUAACAAUAGUUGACAAAAUGUGCCUCAACGAUAUUUUGAAUGUCGAAUUUUUAACAUCGCCCUAAUAUUCUUGGAUUAGGUAUAUUGUUCGGUUUCAAAAACACGUGUAGGUAUAAUAUUUUAAUAAUAAUUACUGAAUACUAAAGUUUAAAUCAAGAAAAAUAUUAACGAUAAGAACGUCUCGUUUUCUACAUAUCCGAUACAGUAUUCGUCUCCUCGCGUGCAUUAAACACAUGCCUCUCCCUCUUCUAGUAAUUUUCAAAAUAUUUACCAUGCCACUUACCUAUAUACGAGACUCGCGAGCCGCCACUGAUUAUAACAGUAGUUUGAGCCGUACAUCACAGUAAUCGGUUAUGGAAAUAACGCCACGUAGUUACGGUAAACGAAUUUUUUAUUAUUAUAUUAUUUUUCUUUCCUACAGACGGUCUUUCGUUUUCGCUCCCGGCGAUCGACGCGGAUACACGACCGUAUCCUACACUACUUAAUAAUAUUAUUUAUAUAUAUAUAUACCUUUAUAUACCAACUGCUCGUACGUAUACUUACAGAUUUUUAAUAGUAAACUCUCGGUACGAGCAGUGAAUUUUUAAAUCUUCGAGUGAAAAUAUUAUAAUGCUUAUUAUUCUAUGUAUAUUAUACAAUAUUAUUUAGAACGGCCCAGACUCUAUAGCAUAAUAUAUAGGUACGUCUAUUAAUCUAUAAAUUGGAAACGCGUGACUAUAAUAACAUACACCAUGUUAUUAUAUAUGUCUAAAAAAGGAUCACCACUACAAGGUUUCAUGACGAUGUGUGUUAACCGCGAUCUGUAUUAUAUUAUGUGCAUAUAUUAUACAGAGCGAUUGUUUUAUCACGAACCCGUCGAUUAUUUAUAUGUAUACAUAAGUACGAUAGCUAUCGUGCAUAAAAACACAUGUCGACUAUAGCGAGUAUCGAUUUUUCAAUAGCGACCGUUCGCGUUUUUUUUUUUUUUUUGAGUUCAAACUCAAAAAGAGAAAUAUCACUUAUAGAACAUUUUAAUAGCAGACAUGAUGUGCGUUGACACGUUCAGAAUAUUUCGAAUUCGAUAGCGGUGGGUUGACGUUUGAGAAUAGAAAUUCGAUAUAGACAGUAUAAUACGCAUCAUAUGAGAUCAAUUUUGAAAAUAUUUUAAAUAAGAUCGUAUUUUAUUGCAUUGUUAUGAUGACCGAAAAAAACAGCUGAAAUCGUUCGUCGUUGAUCGUCGGUUCGUGAUAAAACGAAAAUAUCACCCUGUACACACUGUAAUACACGCAUUUGCCGUCACACUGCGACCGGCGCUAUGUAUCUAAAGUACACGUUUUUAUAGAAUAGUGUAUACAUAUAAUAUACAUACACGUACUGUAAAUGACAAUACCGGAAACUCACAACGAUAAUAAAUCGCACAAAACAGAAAAUAUCAAUAGAAAAAAGGAGAUUGUACUGUACGUUUAUACUAUUUACUAGUAUUGAUAUAUUUUUUUUAAAUUUUGUAGAUUAUUUUCAAAUUGGGAAAAAUUAGUACUUAAGGAAAGAUGUCGUACGAUUUAACGAUUUAUUUUAUACGCUAUUGUGAUAAGUAAUAGUUCUUUUAUUUUGUCUAAUAAUAAUAAAAAUAAUACAAAAAAAAAAAACGUUGAGGAGAGUACUGUAGGUAUUACAAUAUUUAAGUUUCGGUUUACUUGCUAGGUGCUGAUGUGUUAUUAUAAUUAUUUGUAUUGUGCUUGUAAACAACUUUUCUUAGAAAUUCUUAGAAAUCUUGCUCCAAUCAAAUAAAUUAUAGAAACUAUCUUGCAACAUUUUUGAUUUAGUUAAUGCAUUGAAGAGAUCAAUUUUUUUUUUCCAUUUCAUUUUCUUAAUGAAUGAGGAAAACUGGUAAUAUUUUCUACACAUAAUUUUUGUUGAUUUCUGAGUUAUCUUGGAAAUUAAAAAAAAAUACGUCAAAUAAUAUUCUGCUCAGAAUCGUUUUUUAUUAGCAAUGGUUUAUCAUUGUGUGACGAUAUGAUUUAAAUAAGUAUGUGUAUCCUCUCUUUCAAUUUUCCUCCUAAAACAGUGGAACACACACCCAUCAUCAUUAUCGGGCUUAUUUAUUUUAUAAAAAAAAUUAUAAGUACACAAAAUUACACUGAUUUGAAAGUUCCGAUUUUCAAAUUUCGCAUUCUCUUUGAUUGGGAGAAGUUACAUUUUAUUUUUAAACCCGUUUGUAAUUUCCGCAGGAUUCCGUCGGUUGCGCGAAAAUUAUUUCGGGCCUGCCGAUGAUACGAGUACACGAUAAUAAUUUUAACACGAUUUAUUAAUUUACGGUGUGUUCUCAAUACCAAAAUCGACACAUUGUAUCGGCAGACGUCAAAUAUAGUAUAUUUUAUUAUUAGAAUGCAGGUGGUUCAUUAGUGCACUACGUAUUUAUUGUAUAUCCGUUAUAUUGACAUAAAUUAUUUUAUUGUACGCGUGACGAAAUAUAAUAUAAUACGUAAGGUAUACGUAAAUUAUUAAUGUUUUGUUGGGAAAAAAAAACCAUUAACAUAAUAUGUCAAGUUUUAUGAAUAUUCAACUAAAACAAAUAUUUGCGAAAAAUCCGUGUGCAUAAUAUAAUAUAUGUGAUUAAAAAAUAUUAUGCAGAAUUUAUACGAAUACGUUCUCUUUGAAAAUAAUAUGUAAAACAAUAUUUAGUAAAUGUUUUUAAAUGAUUUAAGAGAUUUAACAAGUUAGUAAAAGAAAAUUGAAAAUUGAAAUUUUUUUUCAAAAGACAUUUUAAAAUUUGAGAUGAAAAUAUUUUUAAAAAAAAGAGCUGAUACUAGAGAUGGAAGCUGCGACUGUUGUAGAUGAGGAGUUAUGAAGGUAGGAUACAUAAAGUUAUUUCAUUUAUAUCUGUAAGCAACGAUAAAUCAUUACUUGACGAAAGACAAUUCCGAGCGAAGUUCGGUAAUACAUAAUUUGAAGUGCCAUAAUUUUUUUUGCUAUUUUUAUUCUAAAUUUGAUUUAAAAACGCUUGUUAAAAAAAAAAGUCGUCCAAUAAUUUUAGAAAUUUAGUCAUGUUUAGAUUAGUCCAAUAUAAGUAUCAUUACCUAGUUUCAAGUCUCUACGUGUAUUUAUAACGGAAUUAAAGCAAAAAAACUUCCAAAAAUUAAAAUUCUUUAAAAGCUCAAUAGUGGCUUAAAAGUUUUGGCGAUGAUACCGUAAGAAAUUAAAUCAAGUGUCUUAUGAUUUUUCGAUUAAAUAAUUUUUUCUAGGAGAAAACGUCCGUGUUUUUAUAAAAUAAUGAAAUCAUGAACCAAUUCCCACAUAUGUGCUUUCAUUUAAAAACGGGUCGAAAAUCAAAAAAUUGCCAGAAAAAAAAAAACAUUUUAGGAAAACCAAUAGCUCUCCCCUCGCUACGUUUGGAAUCUAAAAACGGAGUUCAGUGUGGCCUGUGUGGUCUUAUACUUUUUCCAAUGAAAUAAUGACCAUCGAAAUCGUUUGCGAGGCAUGUGAAUUUGUUCGGUAAAUUAUAUUUUUGAGCCAAAACAUACACUGGUGCCUUAAAAAAAAAAAAAAAAAACAAAUUAUUGUUAUUUAGGUUUUCAUAGGAUUAUACUGGCAAUAGAUUCGCGUUGAAAAGAAGCUAAACAAAAAAGUAUAAACAACUAAUCGAGUUACAUUUUCCUAUAGAAUCGGAUUUUCGUUUAACAUUUUUUUGCAGUUGUGAAACAAACCGCUUUCUUUCUCCCUCCCCUUAAAAAAAAAAGUGCAAAUGAAAUGCUCAAUCAUACUGAAUUACAAAGAUUCGUCAAAAUCGGGAAACUUAAUCUUUAAAACUAUCAUUUACCGAUACAUAUGCUUCGGUUAAGUACGAAGGUAAAAAAUAAAAAGUUUUUACCGAAAAAAAACCCCUUCUCACUAUUUGAAAUACACGUUGUACAGGUUUUCUAAAGGCGAUUUUUAUUUAUUACGAUUCAUCGAUUAUCAUUACGAAGAAUUCGAGUAGGUACCUAAAUAAUCAUUCAAAUACAGAUAUUAAAUGAUAUCUGUAAAAAAUUUUCGAAAUUUCUUUCUUAUUCCGUAUACUGUGUAAACAUGCAGAAGUAUCACGUAUUGACUUUCCAAUAGUAAUCAAGCGAUACUUUAAAAAUCUAUACCGUAAAACUUACUACCGUUCCCUAUUCAUCUGAUCUAGAUUUUAAACUGUUUUGAAACUCGAGACCGUGGAUAGACAAAAUUUGUGUUAAUGGUUUUCAUUUAUAAUUUAUGAGUUUUGCAAUAAACAUAAUUAUAAGCAUUUAUAUUGAAAACAGUAUACAGUACUUCGAAAACAUGUCGGGUGUAGGUCGGAUCCCUAAACCAGCCUCUCAGAUACGACUGAUAAAGUUCUGCAUAAACUAUAACGUAAUACGUACGUAUCAGAUAUUAGAUGUUUAGACAAGUAUAGUAUUUUUUUUUUUCAAAUCUGUAUUGAAAAUAGACAAGAGUGAAAACGACACGUGAAAAUCAAAAAUGAAUUCUCGUUUAAAGCACUUAACUAAAAAGACCGGUAAGGAGUAAAAAUGUGAAAAUAUUGUUAAAAAUAAAGCUUGAACAAUUCCAUUGAUUGAAAAAAGAAAAAAAAAGAAAAGAAAAAUCAAUAAUUUUACUCGAAAUCUUUGUAGAUAAUCGCUAGACCGUGAAAAAAAAAUUAUUAUUAUUAUUAUUAUUACUAUAUACUUAGACGUAAUGAAUAAUACAUUUCUCGUACGAUUUGGCUAUUUUUGAUAAACCGUUAUUGUGCGUGUCUAUCAGCGUGCAGAUGAUGUGGUGAACGGGUGACCGUCGGAGAUUUAAUAUUUAAAAUAAGGUAAUGGAAUUUACAUUAUUAUUAUACAUCGCGGUGGCUUUAAUUCAGUGAAUCCUCGUGAUGGGGUACGUAUUACCUGCAUACAUUUAUAUGUUCCUCUAAUAUAAUCUUUGUUUCGUAAAUGUUACGGACAUAUUAGCAUAGACGUGACUAGACUUUCAUGACAGGGGAAGCCAACCAAAACUUUCCUCUAUUUUGAGCAAAUGCUAAAAGACCAAUGGAGACGAAAUAUUGUAAAACAAUUAUCUUCAAGCAUUUUAUUUAUUUUCGUGAAUAUUUUUCAAGUAUCGUAAUUGAAUGCUGCAAUAAUAUUGCAAUACUACAGACUACAGUGUAAAUAUUAUAUUAGCCUUGCACUUUUGUCAUCGCGUUAUUUAUCAUUUUUGUGCAAAACCUUUUGAUUUACAAGUAAACGGACGGGGUCCAAUAAUAUUUACAACUGCCAUAAAGUAAAGGUUAACAACAAGAUAAUAUGAUGGUAAAUAAUUUGUGUAAUCGUUCAAAAAACGAGCGAGAAAUACGGAACAUGUGGGCCUUUGCUAAAAAGUAUGGCAGAUAUUUAUGUGUUUUAAAAACCUUUAAUAUGUAUAGAUGAUAUGCACUAAAAAUAACAAAAUGUUCUCAAAAAUUAUAAAAACCAUGUUGUACAUUUUUUUAAAAAUUUACGAAAUCCUAAAUUAUGUGUUAAAAAGUCCAAAAUAUGCAACAUGAAUUUUUUUUUUUUUUUUUAUUACAUGGAAUCGUUAGGGCAUGAAACAUGUUUUGGAGUAAACCGACUAUUUGUAUAAGCCGGUAAAGAACGAUUGAGCAAAUUUCUCAUAUAUAUACACGAUUGCGCAAGAUUUUGAAUGCAACGUUGCCAUGUAUAAAUAAAUAUAUUACCAUAACAUAAUAUAUUACAAACCGCGUUCUGUGUGAAAACCUUAAACGAUAAACUUAGUACUAACUGUCUUAUUAGAAACGCAGUCCGAAACAGAGGUAAACAAAAAAAAAAAAACACAGUUUCUAAUGACGAAGUAAAAAAAGCUACUCCUACAAAGACAACCCGCAUUGAAGUAACUAUUAAGGCAUGCAAUAGAUAUAAAUCGUGUAAAUCUAAAAAUAAUUUACUCCAUUAUUUGUCACUAGCUAGCAAUAGAUAUCAGGAAAAAUUAUUAUAAUGUAUACGAUAUUUAAUUUUUUUUUUAUAAUUGAAUUUUACUAACAAACUGAGCAAAACUGUUAUUUUAAAAUAACUUUUAAUGUAUAUAUCUAUUAUAAAUUUUUUUUAAAUUUUGUUAUUAUUAUUAGUAUUAAUACUCAACAAUGGUUCUCUUAACUUUUAUACUGUUCAUUUCAAAGUAAAUACUUGAAAUAAUGAUAACAAAUUGUUCAAAUUAAAAAAAAAAUUAUUAUCAAUGUUCAUAACCAUGGAAGUCUUAAAAUAUGUAAAAAUAAUUAUUUAUUUCAUUAACAGUUAGUGAAACAGUUGCUGUUGUUAUGUCUUACAUUGGGGUCGUUUAAUUAAUAUGUUAACACGUAUAACUAAUGCGUUAUGGCAACGUUGCAUUUAAACGUCGCGCGAUCGUGUGUAUACAUAUGAGAAAUUUGCUCAAUCGUGUAUGUAUUUCGGUGGCUAAUAAAAUAUACACGAUUGAGCAAAUUUUGCUCAAUCGUAUUGUAGCCGUUUAAGCGACCAAUAAAAAAAAUGAAAAAUCGUAUAAAUAUCGGCCUUACCAAAUCCACCUGGCGGAAGUCUGAAGGAAAAUUAGGAAUGCAAAAUAGAACAAAGAAACGGGUUUGCGGCGCGAAGGAACUGAACAUUUGUAAGUAUACGGAAAGAGAAUCAAUUCGAUUGGAUAGGAGUUUAGGUAGGGACAACGAUAUGUUUCGUUAAAUGCGAGUUGUUACAACUUUCAUGUACAUUUCAGAAAUCAUUGAUUUUUUUUUUUUAUUUUCCGAAUUAUAAAAUUUUUCAGUUCAGUGCGGUAGUUUAGUUACAUUAUGAUAUUAUUUUUACUCGGUUUCGUAGUUGUUAAUCGAGAUGAAAUUUAACGUCAACCAUGUGAUGCCUGACGACAAAUAUUAUUAUUGUACCCGUAUCUAUAGAAAUCAUUGUAAAUUGUAGAACCGCAACGAGUCUUAUCUAUAUUUUUUAAUAUACUUUACGAAUAAUUAUCAUUGUGAUAAAAAAAAAAAAAAAAAAAAAAAAUUAGCCAUGCUAAAAACUUAAUGCGACAACCUUCGAUAUAAGUAUAAUAAUCGAUUUAAUAAUUGUUUUUUUCUUUUAUCAUAUUCAAAUACUCUCAACAAAAAAAAAAAAAAAAAAAUCAUCAUCAUUUAAAUGCGCUUCGAAAUAACAUAAUAUACCUACGCGUGUACAGUGUACGCACCUAUAGAUAUUGCGCGUCAUUAUCGGUUGACGAAAAAUCGUAUUUAUAAAUUAUUAAUUAACAAUAUGUUUUAAUUAUUUUUUUAAACGUUAUCGCGAUAUUGACGACACCUAUAUGUAUUUAUUUCGGUUUUGUUUCAAACAAUUAUGACAAACACGCCGGUACCUGUGACGAAACGUAUUGCGCUAUAAUCGGUGUCGAUUCCCGGUCUCUAUUAGAAUAUAAUUAUCAUAAUUUGUAGCCCCUUCGGAUCGUAGUCUGGUACAUAUUAUGUAUAGUAUAUAUUGUGUACCAUUAACAAAAUAAAAUAAAAAAAGGACGGGCAUACUUCGCACGUGGGUGCAGCCGCUGUUGUAGGUGGGAAGGUAGGAUACAGACGGGAAUUUAAUGUACAUCUGUAAGCGACGAUAAACCAUUGCUAACGAAAAAACGAUUCUGAGCGGGAUUCAGCUUCAGUUGAUAAUAUUAUUGCCUCGUCAACAAUAUAAUAUAAUAUGUCAUAUUAUGGUAAAAUGCUUACAACAAUGUGCGUUUCCAUGACAGCAUUGACAACAACGAUUGUAUAAAAAAGAUUGAAAUGAUUAAUAAAAAUAAAAAACAAAUAAAAAUGGUUGCCAAUGACAACUUUAUUUUUAAUUUUUCAAUCUUUUUUAACCCAACGAAUCAGGUUUUUCUCAUCAUCUCGAAUAUUAAUGGGAAUUUCAAAAAGCAAUAUCUUUAAAGUACCACUCGGAGAAUAUUUCCUUUCAGAAAAGUUGCUAUACUUGAUAAUCGGAGUAAGCUUUCUAGUAGAAAAAGUGUUCACAUUAAAAAAAAACAAUAAUAAGAAUAAUAAUAAAUAUCUUUAUAAAGCCAAUACAAUUCUUGGCUAAACUCAGAAUCUAAAACAUUUUUUAGUAUUUGCGUGAAAUAUUUUUUGUUAUAUUUUCAUAUUUUAUUUUACGCGUUUCGUAAACCAUCGCGAAUAAUGGCAUGACUCGCAUUCCCUCGGCGUACAAAGUACAAUACAAUCCGUGGUAAAGGGAAGAAAACGAUCGCGAUCGUCCGAUUGAGCACGGCGAAUUUAUCCGCGGUGUUCAAUGCACUAUGCGAGAAUAAAAUGCACUUUAUAGACGUAAUCACUGUGUGUACGACGGGUGCACGGUAUUCGUAUAGUAAGCAAACAAUAUUAUCGUACGCGAGGUUGUGCGAACUAUAAGCACAAGACUUUAGAUAAUAUUUUAAUACUCACGUCGAUACGAUUGCUCGUAGAAAAUGUUUAAUAUGUUUUAUGAUAAAUUUUAUAUCGUUUUUUUUUUUUUUUGCCAGGCUUCAAAAAAAUUAUCAUACAGCAUAACAGGUAUAAGAAAGGCCAUUUUUCAUAAUUUUAGCAACAUCUCUCUUCCGACUAUACCUGGCGAUCCCCGGGUGAAAACCACUGGUCUAUGUAACGAUAUCAUCUUGUUGCCUUGGCAAACACUCCUGAAGAAAUUUAGAAAAGUUAUAAUAACUUUGCCAGUUUUUCCCAUUUAUCAAGCAAACUAUGGGAAAAAAAUAGAAAAAUAACUCCAUAAUGUACCAAAAUCAAAAAUGCUAAAAAAAGUUCCUACACAUUUUUUUUUUUUUUUUUUUAAUACUGGUAUAGAAGUUAUUUACAUCCACACAAAAAAAAAGAUAUACCAUACUAAAACCCCGUCUGGCUCAGAAUAUCAAAAUACAAGUACGAUAUUAUUCCUAAUACUAUAAUUAAACAGAAAAUACUACUUCGGAAAACAAACAGUUUUUCAUUAUAAAUUAUAUUGUUUUAAUUUUCGUUUGGAUUGCAUACUUAUUAUUUCCCUUCCGCUAGAUGGCGUUUCUGACACUGCAAAUAUUUUUAAUAACAUCUAAAUUAUUUUUCCCAAAAAUAUCGAGAUAAAACCGAUACAAUAUAGUAAUAAUGCGUUCUGUAAUAUUUUUAUGAUCCAACGUUCGCUUUUAUGUGCAGUAAAAAUAAAAUUAUUACUACGAUUCAGCCAGGACAGUUUCUUAUAAUAUUAUAUUAUACUGUUAUUUGGAGAUGAUAAGGUUGCGGAUACGGAGAUAUGCCGCAGCCGGAAAACUAUCCAGACCGGGAACGCAACAGUCGCCCGUAUUUCAUAUCGAUAUCGACUCGACAAUAUUUGUAUUUAAUUUUUUUAAUGGUGUGGUGAAAAAAAAACUGAAAUAACUAGAUAGUAUACCCUAUAGGAUAAGGUUAAAGGAUAAUAUUCCGUACGAAUUUUUAUAUUAAACAUUAAUUAUUUAUCAUAAUUACAUGUACAAAACGUAGCGUGUACCGAAUGAAUUUAAUAUUAUUCACUCGGUCAAAACAAAUUAAUUUUAAAGAUUUUUACGGUAAUUUGUUCUCGACUCAAUCGACCCGACAAAAUUGUUUUAUACCGAUAUAAGUACGUUUAAUUAAAGAAACAAUUUUUGACGGGUUUUAAUAAUUUCCUGGAGAAAUUCCUCCUUUUGCCUCACCUCUCCAAUGAGCGUUCGCGAUUGUGUAUCGAAAAUCGCGUCCAUCCCCGGUGUUCCCACUCACACGUCGUCGUUCUAAACGGUUUAUACUACUUGUAAAAUAUUGUCGGCGAAUGAUUCGGAUAUUUCAAGUAAAACACAAAACUACAAAACAUUUCGUCUGGCUUACGAAAUAUUAUACGCGUUUGGACACGAUAUCGUGGAUUUUAAACGUCUGUUUAUCGUUUUCCCCUGAUUUUAUGCUCGAGGACAGAGACUGAUGAGGAUAACGAUAUUGUAAUCGUAUUUGUUUAAUAUAAACUAGAGCUCCCUACUUCACGUGUAUCUAUAUAUACUUUCGCGUAUUCACGAGAAAUUAACAUUCGAAUUUAUAAAUCUGUGUACACGUGUAAUUAUUCACGUUUACGCGUAUUUCUCGUUAUUAUUCACGUAUUAAAAUACGCGAAUAAUCCCAAAACACGUGAACAAGGAUAGUAAGUUCACGUGUAUUAAAUUUACGUGAGUACACAUUUUUCAUUCACAUCGUCCACGUACGUAUUAAUUCACGUUUUUAAGCGAGACCUCUAAUCUAUAGACACAUACAUUUUAAACUCGCCCUCCUUUGCAUAGAUGUUAAUACACAGUGAAAAUACGAGUUCCUCCUUUCAGACGAAUGAAAUAUACGAAUCAGCGGGUACGUUUUCGUUUGAAAAAUAAUCUCAUCACAAACGCCAUCGCGUUUGGAUGCGUCUUUAUUAUUUUUUUAUUUUUAAUCCGUUCGGCGGUGUGCGUUGGUUUGUUGGCCGUGUAUUAUGCUGCAUUUUUCGAUUAAUACGUACGAUUGCGGACACUUAUAAAACGGAGAGGGGCGAAACAAGAGAAAUACCCUUAUAAAUGCUUUGAAUACCCCGCUUAUUCGACGGGGCGAAUGUCUGUAUAUACAUGUAUACAGGACGGAACCAUUGACGAGCUUCAAUGCACUCUAGUUUUCGAAUUUCUAUCGCGACGUAUAUUGAUAUGAUAAUAAUAAUAUUCCGCUACUCUAUUCCGAAAUACGAUUAUUAAUACUUUUAUGCGGUAAUAUCCCGUCGGGGCUGUACGCCUAAUCCGGUUUACGGUUUAGAAUUGAUCGCCCGAGUAUAUAAUAUUAUUGUUUUGCCGAAAAUCGACGGGAUGCGAUUUCCGUAUGUACCUGCGGCUGUGUUUUGUUUUUGUUUUUUUGUUUUUUUUUUUUUCAAUAACGUCGUUACAUGCGCGUUCGUCUCGUCUCGUUUAUGUGCAGCGUUAUUAUCGCAGCGCAUUUCAAUAGUACAUUCGAUUAUCUAACUAAUAUAUACGCUCUAGAUGAAUUAUUGUUGUAUUAUCUGGCGUUUAUAACCGCGCGGUUAUGGUGCAUAGAUAACCGCGUCGUAAUGUCGUUUGUAUGCGGGGCGAUUAACGUGACGUCGCUAAACACUCGUCAUCAAGGAAUAUAUUGGCUUUUUUCGACAUUUUCAGAACAUUAACGAAACGGUCCUUUUUUCCGCGGCGUAAAACCCCACUGCCCGCUUUCGAACAGCGAUCUGUGUAGAAAAUUCCAUAAUAUAAAAUUUAAAAACAUUUGAUGUUGACGUUUCUAAUCUGGCCGUCGACCGCCCUGCGCGUAAACGUGGGGAAUUUUCAGUGGCAGGAUACCCGUGUUCGGUAUUCAUAACAAUUUUUUAACCAUAUAAUUGCGGUGCAUUAUACACCAGUAAUCACGUUGCGAUAUGAAGACGUUCGCGUGUGUUUUUCGAUAGGAAAACGCAUAAUAUUGUCGAAAAAAGAGAUAAAAAUCAGCGAUCCGAAUCGUUGAAUGGAAACCCGCGGUUGAUUAUUAUUUUUUUUUUUCUCAACAAUGAACGCACACGUAUGGUAAUAAUGUUAUUAUCAUGUAUAGCGUCGUCAUUCGUAUGAACCGAUAGUAAUAGUAAGCGGCGGCGGCACAGUGCACGCUGCACGACGGUUUCUCGAGAAUGUUAUUUUGUUCCGCGUCCGUGUUUUCAAACGGAUACAAUUUUUUUUUUUGUUUUGGUAUUUUUUUUAAAACUUUUUUUCCCCCGAAAUUCGUCUCGCCGGAACCGCGAAAUCUGUACAAUAAAAAACACUCGGCCGCAUAAUAGCGUAUUAUCAGUGUUGUUUUACUGCAAUAUUGGGGAAUACUACACGCGGGAUAGUAAAAAAAAAAAAAAUACUUCGAUGUGUGUACUAUGUUUUUAAUAUAAUAUCGUUCGAAUCGAUCGUUUAUUUUUUUUUCACUGUUAACGAAGGUCGUUGGAAAAUUAUUUCCGUGUCGUCGAAUAGUCGGGGAUGUGUUCAAUUUUCGCCGUGCACGACAAUAUGCCGAUAAAUAGCACGCGUUUCUGAACCGAGUGAGAAACGUAUUGCAGUUUUACUACGGACGACACAGUACUGUAAACAACUUUUUUACCAGAAAAUCUGCUCGGAUCGUCAAUAUAAAGGAGGGGCAUUGUGUCAGCGAAUUUUAUCUAGCCGGUGCAUGUAGGGGAGGACAAAUUUUCGAUUUUACUUAAAUUAGUCUAUACACCUUACCUUGCCAACUUCACGCCUGCUACAGUGACACGCCCAUCAGCAGUGUUACCUCUUUUUAUUUUUUUUUUUUUAUUAUUAUUAUUAUUAUUACCGCCGUACAAUAUUACAAUUAUACUGAUGACAAUAAUAUUUCAAAAUCAAACGCAUCACGGCGCGUAUCAUUAGUGAGUCUUUAUCAUAACACUGUAAAGUAAAUAUUGAAAUUAUUGAAAUUUUACCAAACACAACGCACAGAUAUUAUAAUAUUUAUAUUGUUAUCCCGUUCCGUUGUUUAAACAAUAUCACGACUAGAUACGCAAUUGUGAAUAGUAAAUCCCAUAAGUAGCACGGCGUAAACACAAGUCAUAAUACACGAUUGUAGUGGGCGAAUCGUGAUGGCUUUAUCAUUCGCCUCGUUCACGAGUCGGUUGACGAGAUGUGUUGGACUGUGUUAUAUUUAUGUGGUUCUUAUCAGUGGUGCCACCGGUAGAUACCCCGUCCCAGAUUAAUUAUGGAACAUAAGGACAGAUUAGCACCAUGAAAUAUGAAUUGUUCCAUCCGUGGUGAAUUAUGCGAUGAUAAUAAUAUAUAGAAGCGAAUUUCAAAUAUUUUUCGCAUUGUCGCAUAUUAUAUCAUUUAUCGGUUAGGUUCGCGGCGUCAAUCACGAUUAAAUAAACAUGCAUGCCAGCAAAAUUGUUCUCUGCGCGUAUGAACCAUCUAAAAUUCUCAAUAUUAUGAUACUGUAUGUCUAUAUGUAGUCGUUUUUUGAUAUCCAUUGAAUAUCCCGUUCAAACGAAAAUAAUAUUAUUGGGAAUAAAAUUAUUGUAAAUUUUUAUUUUUUUUUUUUUUUUAUUUAAACAGAAUUGUCGUCGAUUGUGUUAAACAGCCAAAAGAACAUAUUAUCAUCUCUUUCUACAUGGGUAGAAAUAUAAAAAAUAAUUUAAAUAAUUAAAUAUAAUUCUUUCGUCGGGGCCGUCGUCGUCGUCGUCGUCGGGGCGUUACUAAAAAGUUUAACAAUUGUCAGUGCACUGAUUUACAUAAUUCUAUUCAAAAUUACAGAGUGCAUUGCAUAUAUUAUAUUAUAAUAUAUAUCCUUGCAGAUUUUUGUAUCGGUACAUACUAAAUGUACAAUGGAAUUCACUACUAAUUCCAAUAUGGCGACGAGCGAUUGGUAUUCACUUGAUGUAGGCACUUUUCAAAUAUAUUUCAUCGAUGGGAAUUUUUUAUUAGAAAUAUUUAUUUUUAUUAUUAAAGGUUCUCGUCACUAACAAUAUUUUCUCUGUUUGUCUCGCGCGUAAUAUAGCAACAAAAGCAUUCCACAUUUCCACGGUUACGACUGCGUCUGGUCGAGUUUCUAUAAAUUAUUAGUUUUUUUAUAUAUAUAUUUGAAUGUAAUUUGAUUAAAAUAUGCGCGUUUAAAUUUUCUCUAUUAAAAAUUUCUGAAGAAAUGAAAAUAUUUAAAAAAAAAAAAAAAAAAAAAAUGCACUCUUAGGAUCAAUAUUAUAGUAUAUAAGUACUAAGUAUAUUCUUCGUUAUAAAAUGUAUAAUAUUAUAAGCGCCUUAUCAUAAACUCAGCCACUGAGUCGCAACCGUGAAAAUUGAAAAUGCGGAAUGCUUAUGUUAAUAUAAUACUAUUACGAUACAGACAUCAGCCGAGAAUACAAAUGUUUCUCUGACGAGGUCCCUUUACGGUAGUUUCAUCGAAUUCGUACGAUAAUCGUACAAUUAUUUUUGUAAUUAUUUAAUAUCAUUAAGGUGUUGGCAAUUUUACCGAUUCAAAAAGUGACUGCAUUUGAACUUUAAUACACCAACUAGACAAAAUCAACCAAAACAGACUACGAUCUAUACAUCGGAGCAAGAUUUAUUUUCGAAAAGUUCUUUCCAGACAGAAAAAAAACACAUUAUAAUAUAAAAUCAAUCUCUCGUUACGCUCCGAAUCUAAAAGUCAUAUAGAAAACGUCGAAAUCGGGACGUUGAGGUAUUCAGUUUUUUUUUUUUUUUAUCAAAAAGACGUGUUCGUGUAAAAAAGAAAGGAAAAAUACAGGUUUAAAGAUUUUUAAUAGAACAAAUAAUAACAUUAUAACAUCUGUUUUACAUAAUAAUUGAUUGUCUGUGUUAUAUAUUAUACGUAGUUAUCAAAUUUUUAAUGUACACGCCGGACUCUCAACUAUAUCAAGGAAAUCCUGUCACACACAUUCAUUAAUAAACAAAAAAAAAAAAACCGUCUACUCACAUGUAUUAUGUCGGCCAAUAAUUACGUAAAGGGUGUACACUGUUUUUUUGGCCAACGAUUAGAUAUUAAAUCUAAAUGAUGGCGUGAGCUGCUCGUAGCAGGUAGUGUUAUUUUUUUUAAAUAUUAUAUAUUAUUAGAUUUGCAUUCCAUUACUUGGCUUUUAUUACCUUUGAUUCACAUAGCAGCCUGUCUCAUAAUAUUUUCGUGGAUUUUUUUUUUACUUGUAGUUUUUUUUUUUUUUUUUUUUGUCGAGUGCUGUUUAAUUUUCAACUCACCGCAGAAACGUUGUCCGGGAACGCGGGAAUCGGGUUUGCGUUUAUAUUUCGCCAUUCUGUCGUACACGUAUACAGAGUGAUUCAUUUAUCGCGUACGAACUGAUUGCUUGGAGGAAUUUCAAUGAAUACACUUUGGAUUUUCAAAUAUCAACAGCCCGUUUAGUACACGAAUCUGAACAGAGCAUCAUAUUAUAAUACUUUUCUAUACAUUUUUGAUAUACAUUAUUAUCGGAUUUUCGGUUUAUGCGUUAUAACAGUUUACGAUUGUUUAAGCGGGAACAUUAGGAUAAAGGUCAAUAAACUAUGUAACCAUUUUUUUAAAAAUAAUAAAUCGUUGAUUCUUCAUUAUUUCUCCGGUUUAAAUUGUAUAAUAUUGUUUUUACUCGAUAAUCAAACGUAGGCAUAUCAAAAUUACUUCGAAAAAUAAUAUUCUUUAUUUGAAUUUGUGUUUAAAAGAGGAGGAGAAGGUCAUUUAAAAAUUAAAGUUGUAUAAUCAUUUUUAAUUGGUAUACGUACAAGGAGUAAGAGUAAAGAAUUGAAAGCAGUGUUUGAAAAUAAAGUAGAACCGUUUAAGAUUCUACAAAAACCAGAUGGUUUCGAAUUCGCUUAAAAACCAUCCGAGAAAAUCGUUGGGUUCUGAUAAUAAUGCAUCACCCUGUACAUUUUUUGUACGAUAUACAGGUACCUAUACUCGCUGUGGCAGUUGUACCUGCACAAUUCUAUACGUGGACGACACGUCCUAGGGUAUGGAAUUCGUUUAACGUUGUAUAAUAAUAGGUACCUCUAAAGAAAACGGCAGCGGAAGGAGAGGGACACACGGUGUUUCGAAAUGCCGUUGUUUUAACGCGAACCUCACGGAAUAUUAUCGUCGUCGUUCGUUGGUUUCGAGUUCGAGUAUAAAAAAGUAGAUAUAUAUAUAUAUAUAAAAAAUAUUCUCGGUAAAACUGCGAGAGACGCCGUCGUCGUUAUCCCGCUAGCCUGCAGUCACGGGCGUCCUUAUUAUAAAUAAAAUUGUUCCGCGUUUACAAUUUAUCAGCGAAAUUUUCAUUGCGGUUCUGUUUAAAAAAAAAAAAAAAAACGACAACUCAAACAUGCUGUAUCUUGAGCGCUUCGGUAAUUACGAACGAUUAAAACCCCAAAAGCCGAAAUGAAAUUAAUUUUGUAUGUUUUAUACCGAUUUUAAAAAUAUUACGCGGAAACAAACAUUAUAGGUAGGAGGGGUGAGUCGCCAUCAAUGGGCCAGCCUACCUGUUAUGGCCACUCAUUUUAUAAUUUCAUCCGUAAAUAGUGUUAUUAUGGAGUUUGAUAAGCCAUGCAUGAAUAUAUUGUUGUAUUAAUUGUAUUCGUUUACAAUCUACACAUAAUUGGUUUACUGAGCGUUAAAAAAUUAUUACAGAAAUAUACAUACAUAUAGCGUAAAAUGGGCAUUGACCAUAAAACGGAAAAAUAUAAUUUUAAAAUAUUAAAAUACUUUAAUACCUACUAAUUCCGCGAUAUUCGUAAGAUUUUGAAAUUCAACCUAUGUAUUGGUAAAGUUAAAAUGUAUUUGUGAUUUUGUUUUGAUGUUUUUUCAACAACCAUCGUAGGCAGAUAUAAUCUAUAUAGAAAAAUAAUAUUGUUGGAUUGUUUAUAAUAACAAUGUUUGAGGAUUUAUAAUAUGCUUUAUGCAUGAUUGGCACAACGCACCGAUCACCCAGCGGCACCAGUUCCACUUUAGCAUUCUAAGCGGAUUUCCUGGAAUAUAUUCGGAGCUUAGAGCAAGGAUUAGUUAGACUGGUUUGUUAGCAAUGUUUGCUGCAUUUUGAACUCCGUGCAUUUUUAAGUCUGAAUGCAAGAUGCGAUUCGAAAUACAAGGCGCGAGAAACAUUGCGGAUAUUUACAUAGAUUAAUCGAAUGGACAAAUGUUCUUAAGACGGCCGUAGGUAGACAUAACUUCGCAGUAACAUAAUAUAAGGACACAAAUUUGUAUAAAAUACAAUAAAUUAUUGAAUUAUAUGAAAAUCAGUAAAACUUCGUAAGUUUUAGGUUAAUUUUUGUCAUUCUCAUCGAUAACUAUUUGUAACCGGCUGCAUCCGAAUCCCGUUCCGUAAAACAUAUUAACUAUAAUAGCAUUUCCUUUCACAUUUUUUUUCAAGGCCGAGGAACUGACAUUUUUGCUGACAUGUUUCAAAAUUUGUUAUUUGCUUAUUGUUGGAUAUGGUAACAUGAAAACACUUUUUUAUUUAGGUACGUAAAUAUUGAAGACGAGUAUAAUGCACCACUUAAAAAUAUCAGGAAAAAGAGCCGUUUAUCGGAAAUUAAUUAUCUUAAGUUUAAAAUACUAAUAUACUUAAAGUAAGCAAACUUCGAGGAAAAUAAAAAGAAAGUUUUAAUUAAACAUUAGUUAUAGGUACUAGAAGAAACGUCAUAUAUAACGUGAAUGAUAUUUAUUAUUUGCAUGUACGACAAUAAACAAAAAGAACCUUUUUAAACAAGCCAGCAAAGCUGUCACUCUUUAGCCCACAAAAAAAAAAAAAUGUCAGUUUAAUAAUUAAAUACCUACGGGACGGAAUUCGGAGUUAAAUGCCCCGCCCUUGGGACGGAAUUCCACAAAUGCGUUGUUAACGAACACUUAUCGAUCUCGAGUGGUUUAUUAUUAUUAUUAUUAUUAUUUUUUUUUUUGAAGUAAUUAAAAUUGAUGCACGAAUCGCGUUCACGGAGUUCAGAUUAUGAAAUAUCAUUAUGUAUGUAAAAAAAAAGUAAAUGUAACUUCUUACUAGAAUUUAAACCUAACUAUAAUAUUAUAUUAACUUAUAGUUUUCUACGAGUAACUUGUAUACAUUAGUAAACUUAGUUACCAAAAGAAAAGAAUAUUAUUACUGUGUAACUUGUUGACUAUGAAUAUCUCAAUUUUGCGUCGUGUACAAUAAUCGGAGUAACGCGCCCGAACUAUGUGUACGAAGACUUGGCUAAAAUGCUUCUUAAAAGGUUUUAAAAUAAAUAUUCAAAUACUGUUCGCCAACAGUAUUUUGAAGAUAUUACGAAUACUUUUCAGAAAGUAUUCAGUAUACUCUAAGGAAUAAAAUAGGUUCAAAAAAAAUGUAAGAUAAAGUUCGGAUGACUUAACGAAAACUUUAGAUAUUAUAUGAGUACGCCGAUAGGUGACGCUAUCAUGCGUUAUACUUUAACCGUUGAGAAUUACGAGAAACCUUUAAAAUUAAGUACCACCGGUUGGAAAUUACGCAUCUUUUAAAAUAAUCGGAACAUUUUUUACAAACCUAUGAAGUAUUUUCCGAGAAAAUAAAGCAUACAUCUCUUAUUUUAUUAAGAAUAAAAUACUCUUUUAAAAAACUACUCGGAAUACAAUAUUGAACAAUUAUAAAAAAAAAAAUUAGUUUUCAAAUAGGUAUUCAGAAUACUUAAAAAUAAUCUGCAUACAAUAUACAGAAUGGUUUAUUCGGAAUACUAUAUCCAUGCUCAUAGCUAUAAUAGAAUAUAAUAAUUGCAUAAAUUAAUAACGAAAAAAAAAAAAAAUUAAAAAAAUUAGAUAUAAACCGAUAUUCCCGACGAAGUUAAAUUAUUUUUUUUAUUUUUUGCUUUAAAGUGUGCUGUAAUAUUUAAUUAUUUUAUCGAUUUGUGGUGCCGAAAACAAAGCCGAUUAUUCGUAUUUUUUUUAUUUUUUUCCGCGGUAAUAUUAUACAAAUUUCGUAUUCGUUUUUUAAUAAUAAUAAUAGGCAAUUGAAAAACGCAGUUGUGCAGUAUAGAAAUCGAGAGACGAUACGUGCGACUGUUGCGGCAGAUUUUUAGCUAAUUGUAGAGGUCGUUAUUUAUUAUUAUUAUUUUUAUUUUUUUUAAGCCCGUCGUCGUUCCGAAAUAAAUUAUUUUAUUUGCGAACGUUCGGAAUGCGAUCUUUGUCUUGUUCUUCGUUUUUUUUUUUCCGCCUGAACGAAAAAAUAACAAUUUAUUUUGUCCGAGCAUACGCGACGAGAAAGCGAGUAUCCGGGCACGCACACAAACGUUGCACUCGAUCGGAAAUUUAACCGGGGAGUUUACACCGAGGGCGCUGGUCACAUUAUUAUUAUUAUUGUUAUCAUUAUAAUCUGUUUUUACGUGUAACGCGUAGUGAGCGAUAGAUAUAGUGUACAGAAAAAAAAAAAAAAAACAAAAAACAAAAAAGUGCUUUUUCCAUAAAUCUCGACGCUGUAUAUUAUACAGGGUGAUCCGUUCAUCAUAAUAAUAUGUGAACCGACCAUUUUGCCGCGGAGGAUUCAAAAUGAAUUCGAUUUUUCUGCCCCUCCCUCCCCCGAUCGUUUUGACGUAAUCGCGAAAGACCUUUUAAAACACUUAUUUCGAUACCAGAUGAGUGUGCGUUGAACACUUCAGAUUUUAAACACAUACGGACCCUACUCGCCGCUUUUUACACUCAGUUUCGAAUAGAGAAUAAUGAUGUUUUUUUUUAUAAUUGUUGAUGCGCACAGCGAUAUCGGGGAUUUACCGUUUACCGUAACAAUAACAGUUUAAUGUUUCGGCCGGCGGCGGAGUAGCGAAGUGUUAUCGAUUUAUCAUAAAAUUGUGCGCAUUAUUAUAUGAAGUUUAUUUCCGUUCUCUAAGGCUAUUUGAAAACUAAAAGCGUAUACCUAUAUGUAGCGGGGGAAAAAAAAAAAAAAGAAAAACAAUAAGGGUUAAAUUAAUGAUUGCAUAACGAUUUUAUAAAAAAAAAAAAAAAAAAAAUGAUAACAGGAAUCGAAUUCAAUUUAAAUCCUUCGAUGAAAAUAACGCUGGUUCACGAUUAUUGGAUCGCUCGGUGUAAUAUAAAAACGUCUUUUUUGUACCUACCAUAUUUUCGAUACGAGUGUACGACGUGUAUUUUUUUAUCGUAUAGACGCCCGGGCGUAUUACUCGUGUGAUAUAGUCUUACUAAUAUAUUCUUCUUGUCUCGGGAAACACAUUUUUGGUUAGUUAAAAUAUCCUCCGAAUCGUUCAUAUUCGUUAAAAGAUGCGGAUUUCUCGCCCAAAAGAGUACUCCGAUUCAAACGUAUGUUUACAAAUGUUUUUCUGUUAAAUUAAAACUCGGCAGCAGUAUAUGCGGACGCGUCAGUUUUAUUUUUGUCGAUUUCCGGGCGACCACCACUAACUUAGCAGACUACAACGAGAAACACAUCAAAACAUAAAACCUCGCCGGUUAUUAAUCAAGCUCCGUUAACGACCGUGUUUUGAUUGUAAUGAUUUAUCACGGAUCUGCUAUCAACGGGCAGUAGGAACAUUAUGAAAAUAUUCGAUAAUUUCUGAUAAUUAUCGAAUAAAAAUCAAUUUUUAACAUUUAAUCUUACAAAUAACGAUAUUUUGUUACGACCACAAUGUUUAAUCGGAUAAAAAUCGCUCGGAAUCGUAUUCUGUCAGAAACGAGUUAUCGUUGCCAACAGACAUAAAUUGUAUAACUUUAUGUACCACAUCCUUCAGCAGUAUCAGCCUUUUUUAAUAUUAUUAAUUGAUAACAACAAUCGACGAACACCGCGAUAUACCGUUGUUUUCAGUACACAAACCAAAAUCGCCGCCCAUAUCACAUAUACCUUCCCAACUUCCCGCCUACAACAGUGGCCCGGGCCACCAGAUAUUUUUUUUUUUUUUUUAGUGUCACGAUAAUAAUAUUUUGCGUAAUUACAUGUCAAAUAAGAUUAAUAAUAUUUUCAUCUCCGUUACGUCGUCGCCGUCGUGUUAUAACGGCGUACCAAAAAAAAAAAAAAAAAAAAAUUUAAAAUUAUCAAAUUAUCAUUGGACCGGUCGCGUUCACAAUAAUUGACAAACNACCAAAAAAAAAAAAAAAAACAAAUUUAAAAUUAUCAAAUUAUCAUUGGACCGGUCGCGUUCACAAUAAUUGACAAACGCUGCGAGUAGGUUGUAUACCUGUAUACGGUUUUUUUAGUGCGCAUAAAAUAUGGAAAUUUGAAUACAUUAAUUUGAAAAUGAAAUAAAAAAAAAAAAAAAUGUGACCCAUUUAGGUACCGCGAAAAGGAAUUAACGAACUUCGGGCUGACUGACGGACCGACGGUCCGAAAACACGAUCGAAAUAUAAUAAUAUGCGCGUAGGAUGUUUUUAUUUUUCGACUCUAGCGAUAAAUAUAUUUACGUUCUUAUUAAUUUAUUUACACGGCGAUUUCUAUUCGAACGGCGGGGACGUAUUGCGUGCGCCGCGGUUUUUACCAUUUUUUUUUUCUUCUCGUUAUGUAGAUUUUCAAAUUCCCGAGUUACGGGCCCGAUAACUGUAUCGGGCCCGCCCGAAAAAAUCGGUCGGAAACCGUUGGGAAUUAACGGGAUUUCCGUCGGUCGUGACGGCUUAUCAAUAUUUGAUUAUAAUAGACGCGUUCCGUUUCGUUCUUUUUGUUCGCAGAUUGACGGCGAAAUAAUCCGAUUGAAAAACGAACUGUCCAAGACGAAGGCGGCGUUGACCAAUCAGAUAUGCAAACGGCACCGGCUGGUGUCCGAACUGUCGCUGAAAGUCGACCGGAAAAACAAUCAGCUGCGGGAGUUCCAACGGUCGAACUUCAACGAUCUGGGCAAGGUGUUGCGGUCGCUGUACGUGUUCGAGUCGAGGCUGCGCCGGGAACAGCAGCACAUCAGACGGCAACUGGGAGAACGGGACGCGGUGAUACGGCAACAGCAGCUGGAGAUAGCCAAACUUCGGCAGUCGCUGGCGAACUAUUGCAGCCAAAACGGCAACGGCGCCGUCAACAAAAACGAAACGCCGCGCGGGGACGCCGAAGUUCCCGCGUCCAAACCGGACUUGAUCACUUCCAUUUCGUCGCCGCAACCGCACUGCGCCGAGCCCCCGAAAAGUACGGACGUCGACUCCGCGCCGUCGCCGCCGCUGUUCGGUUCGGAAAAACCGCACGGUAAUAAUAUCGUCGGUUUGCCGUCGACGUCCGAAGGACCGCGGAAAAACGGCGGCAACGCGUUGCCGGACGCCGCCGCGCGAAACAGGAAAAACAAUCCGUCCAACAACAUCAAUUUCAACAAGAACGUGUACUGCAGCAAAACCGUCACGGACCUGUCCCUCAACGACAUAUCGUCGUUUCCGAACCCGACGCCCAACAACAAUUUGUUCGUCGUGUCCAACUCGAUAUUCUCGAAAAACGAGUUCACGUACAACGAAGUCUCGAAAGAGGUAAACCCAGUUUUAAACGUGGUACAGGACACGUAUGAUAUUAAAUGGCGGUCCUCGGUGUACACAGAUGAAAGAGAUAAAUGUCGGACGAUUUCGAUCGGGCACAACACCUCUGUCCGUUCGUCAAUUUGGUCGUUAAAAGAGGCGGCCGUUUUUCGCGUUCGCGUGCUAAUGCACCGGACAUUUAAAUGUAGAACGUAAAGUUAUCAAUACGAAAUGCCGUGACCGAAAUUAUGGUUUUCUGAAAAAAUCAAUACAAUACUUAAUGAAGAAUUUCGUAAAUUUAAUUUUAAAAGGUUUUUUUUUUUUUUUUUUUUAAUUUACGAGACAUUUUUUAUAAAUACUCGUGAUUUCUGUAUUUAAAGUCUGGUACAUUUGUAUGUAAAUGUUAUACAGUUUCGUUUUAGGUUCUCAGCUGAGCGAGGAAUGCAUUGGUUUUACAAUGAUGUAUAUAUUAUAAUUAUUAUUAUUAUUUUUUUUUUUUUUUUGGGUGGGAGGGGAUAGUACCUUUUCUAAAAGGAAAUUUGCGUGAGCUGGUACUUUUAGAGAGUUAAUGUUUUUGAAUUUUUUAAGGGGUUUUCGUAGUAGUAAAUGGAAAAAUAUAUGAAAUGUAUUGUUUUCUAAUCGCAAUUACAAUCAAAUUCAGCUCAGAAUCGUUUUUCGUUAGCAAUGGUUAAUCGUUAGGUACAGCUAUACAACGUUAAAUUCCACCCUCUGCCCCUACAACUCUUCACCUACAAUAACGGCCUGCCCAUCGUGCGAAGUAUAUAUGUUAGUUUUUAUUCGUUUCUUUGAAUUUAUUUCGAAAUACUUAUAACUACGCUCUUUUGGUCGUGCCUUAACGUUUUACGAUACGUGAAGGGUUCAAUCUAUCAUCGCCGAAUUUCAACAAAAUUAAUCUCUUAUAUUGACGAUUCAAAAAAAGAAGUGCUCGAUCGAAAUUACCCUUUGUUAUUAAUUAACGGUUAAGCGAUUGAUUAAUUAACAAUUUUAAAUAAUUGUUUUUCUUGGUUUGAAAAAUAAGGACAAUUCUGAUACCUGGAUUAUAAUUGCAUAUAAUAUAUGCGUUUGGCACUUGGAUUUGAUAAUUUUAGAUUUUGGAUAAUUCUCAACCAAAAUCUUGCUCCGGUUUUCAAGACUAACGAAUUAUCUGAAAUCAAAUUCCGUUAAGUUGGCCUCCAUCGAGGCGGUCAUUUUUUUAUUUUUUUUUUUUUUUUUUUUUUUUUUAUGUAGACACAAAUAUUAUUAUUAUUAGUGGUAGUAAAAUUUAACGGAAUAUAGUAAUUUAAAUUUUUUUUUUUUUUUUGAUAAAAUCUUCAAUUAAAACAAAAUUUGUUCGAUAUGCCAAAAAUGCUUGAAAAUUAUGAUAUUCAAGGUUCGUCAAAAGUUUACCUGAAAAUAUUCUGAACGAUAUUUCCAAAAAAAAGAUAAUUUCCAAGCGCAGCAUUCUUCUAUUCUAUGUCACUGCGUGGUAGAUAUUAAAAAUGUACUUUUGGAAUAAAACAGCAAAAUAAAAAAAAUGACGAGGUAUAUAUUAUUUAAAUUACAAUUUUUGACGCAUCGUGAAUGUUUCACUGUAUCUAAAAUAUUUAAGUGUCAAAAAAAAAAAGACAAUUUAUAUUCAGCGUAUUACUAUUAUUUUGCGCUCUCGUUUUAUUUUUUAACGCGACCGUCAUUUUAAAAAAUAUCCGGCUACGCGAAUGUCAGUACUGUACGAACUUUUUAUUUUUUUAUUUUAAUAGUAAUCCGACCGACAGAGAAUAAUUAUUACUUUCAUAUUUUUACGAGUAGUGCUACCUCCUGUUUAUAAUAUUUAACAUUUUCAAACGUACGAUAAUUUCGUUAUUAUUUUACGAUGCCAAUUAUUAAUACGGUACCCGUAAAUCAAAAUAAUAUGUUUCAAAACAAUUUCUCCAUUUAACAUUGUCAGAUGAUCACAUUGUUUUUUUUUUUUUUUCUAACGCAAGUGCUUGGCGUGGUUGCAAAAUAUGGUUAAAUGUAGUUGGUGGAUUGGGGAAUUCGUUUUUUUUUUUUAUUCCUCGUGUUUUUCUUAAUAAAACAAGAAAACCCGGGGUGGGGAAAUUUCGGGGAGUUUUUAAGCGGUUUUUGUCGAAUUCAAUAUAAGAACAAUGAUCGGCUGAGUCUUGAAAAUAUUUUGGCUCGUUUUGAAUUUUCAUAUAGCUGUUUUAAAUUUUCGAGUUUUUAAUUUACAUUUGCAUUUGAAAUUAAAAUUUUGACAAGAAUCGUAAAAAUCACCGACAUUUUUUUGUAUUUUAUGAUUCUAUAUAUAGCGGAAUAUUUAAUUUGUAUAAUAUAUUAAUACAUGUAUAUUUUUCUCAGAAAACCCUUUUUGGGUUAGUAAAAAUGCUUAAAAAUAAUUAUAUUUCGUUCUACAUUCCUGAUAGUAUUUCUGAAUAAUAAAAAAAAAAAAAAACUAGAUCAAAAAUGCGAAUAUUUCGUUGAAUUUUCAGUCUAGUUUGUGUUUUGCGAUGUUUUGAUUGUAACAAGAUUCUUAGUAGAAAAUGUAAUGCCUACAAAUUUGAAAUAAUGAAAUCGGUAACGCCGUAAAUAUGUGUCCGUUUUUCCUUUAAGUUUUUUUUCGGCGUUUCCCGAUUAUUGUGAAAACCCAUUGGAAAAUCAAAUGACCUCUCACAUGCACCAACUAGAUUAGAUCCGAAAUGCAAAGAUAAAGGUAUCUUGUUUUUUUUUUUGAUUGGACAAGAAAAUUGUUUUACGGAUAGAUAAAAAAAUUGAUUCAACUUUUUUUUAUAAAAUCCGCUCAGAAUCUAUAAUAAAGAACCGACAACAAAUUACAAUAUCAUAUCAGUUUUUUUUUAUUUCUAGGUUACGUGGUGGCUAAAGAGAUGGGGGUGGGGAGAUUACGCCUAGUAACAAGAACGUCUUGUUUUACCUGAAUCGUUUUUUUGAUUACGACGAUUCACUGUUCAUUUCAGUCUAUAAACUUAAUUACUCAAUAUUUGUCUGUAUCGUUCGCAGGUGAUAACGUCGGUGAAACAGAACGGUAAAGUGAUCACGUCCGCGCUGAAAAAGUCCGACGUCUGCAAGUACCCGUCACCGAAGACUGUGCAUUUCGGCAAGACGACACACAUCCCCGAACCGGACGAAGACGGACAGACGGACAUCGUGAAAACGGUCGAGACCCUGUUGCUGCAGUGCGGCGAUUCGUGCACCGAGUCGGAGAACGACACGUCCAGCACCGCUUCCACGGAAACGUCGCCGAGCGUCUCCCAAAUGGUCAGGAAGUUCGAGAGCAUUUGCACCACGACGGCGGCGGCGACCGCCGCGGCCACGGCCGCCGCUUCGGCGGGUCCCGAGCACAAGGGAUCCUCAACGGCGUCGGCCGUGCACAACGGAAGUUACGUCGCCGAGAUCGAUUUAAUGAAAACGGCUUCGGAGCUGGACUGCGCGAGGCCGGACUCGGAAUCUCCGGACUCCGGCGUGGGCGGCGGCGGUCUAUUAGUUCUGCCCGGCGACCUGGACCAUCCCAGGAACAACUUCGAAGAGUUCCGGUUCGAGGACAGCGACCUGGACAGAGAAUACCGGGCCGACGGGGACGGGCUCGAGUGUCCGGGCCGGCCGGUUUCCUCUGUGCUGCAGUCGGAGGACUGCGACGGUGGCGAUGUCGGUGGCGGCGGUGGCCUCGUCAACUACGAGUCGUUUCUGGAAGUGACCGGCCUGAGCCAAAAGUCCAUAAUCACCGUGCAGUCGUGCAACCGGAACUUGUACGGGUCGCACAGGAACGUGCAAAAACCGAAGGACGUGAAGAGCAGAAGCCGCGCCAAGUCGGCCUCGUUCGAGUACAGCAAACCGUUCUCGUCCACAAUCAAAUACUGGACGGAACCUUAUCUCUAA